CUUAUCCAACAAUAAACGAAACGGUUGUGUUGUUCUACCUUUGGAGUGAAAACUCGCAUGGCUUCUUUACAGCCUCAAUGGUACUCAUCGUUGCGCGUGGCAUCCACGGCAAAACCUGCUCCGUUUUCCUCAUUGAACGUGGGAAUGGCUUCAACAACGUACAAGCCUGCGAAGGUGUGUUAUGCUGUGAGUCCUGAUAGUGCUGAAUCUGAAUCUGAACCCUCCGCUCCAAACGCUGAAACGGGUCCUGUGAAGCUCGCGUUUAACAAGGCCAAAGCAUAUAAAAACUCCAUUAAGCAAAGCGCUUCUGAUGAUGGAAAUUCAAUUGAACAAGCAAGUGUUGUUGAUGAUGAUGAUGAGAGACCAAAGGACUUGCCAGCUUCUGUGAAAAUUGCCAAGGAAAAGGCCAAAAAGUAUAAGCAGAAUAAAGGCCUUGUUAGUCAAACACCCCAAGAAAUGCAGGGUGGGAGUGAGAGGACUUCAGGCGAGAAUGUUACAGGAAGUAAUACUGUUGGUGGUGGUAAGAAGGGAGAACUAUCAGUUUCAAGAAUGGAUUUUGUGGGGCUUGAUUUUGCUGAUAAGAAGACAACUAGGGGAUUGCCACCUGGAUUGGUUCCUAUUUCAGACCCUUUCUUUGAUGGUGACUUGCCUGAGGUUGAGCUUAUUGUUGGAGACACAAGCAAGUUUGAUGCUGAAACAGCUCCAAAACCUGAACAAGCUAAGGAAGACAAUGCAGAACUCUACAAGCCAAAAGUUUCUACCUGGGGUGUCUUUCCUAGACCUAGCAAUAUUUCAAAAACAUUUGGUGGUGGAAGAGUCAUACGUCCUGGAGAGGUUCUAGAGACUGAAGAAGAAAAGGCUGUUAAAGAAACACGUACAAAGAAGCUGCUUGCCGCCUACCAGAAGCAACUUGGAUUAAAUAUUGACCCAAAGCUAAAAUCUGAGUGCGAGAAGGUAUUGAAAGAUGGUGACUCAUUAAUGAAUGCCGGAAAGCUGAAGGAAGCAUUGCCCUACUAUGAGAAGGUUAUGGAUAAAUUAACCUUCCAGAGUGAGCUCCAUGGAUUAGCUGCUUUGCAGUGGUCAAUUUGUCAAGACUCCCUCAGUAGGUCGAGUGAGGCUCGAAGUAUGUAUGAGAAGCUUCAGUCUCACCCAAAUGCUAAAGUAAGCAAGAAAGCAAGACAGUUUAUGUACAGCUUUAAGGCUAUGGAAAUGAUGAAGGUAACGACAGGAUCUCCACUUUAUUUAAAGAACUCAGACUACCAGAAUUAUUUUGAUGCAUUCAUAGAAAAUAAAUCCAACUAUCCCACAGAAGAUGGCGCGGUUCGAAAGUGCAAUCAACCAAGUGUUGCCGUAUAUACUUUUUCUCGUUUCUCCUAUUUUUGUGGUACUACUCAUAGCUGUGCAGAAAAUAAUAUGAAUCUCUUUCUUUUGUUUCUGUACAAGUCCAAUUUAUUUUAGAGUUAUAUUAUUCUUACAUAAAUUUUAUAC